UCGGUGCACUUCAAGAUGCAUGAGCGAUUACUGUUCACCGAAGCUUACGGAAGUGAGAGGAACAAGUUUUUCGUCAAAUCGAAAGACGAGCAAUCGAUAACCGAACUGUUAUCAGACACAACUAGAACGAAGUCUUUUUAUUCUGGUUUUAUAUCGAUUGUGAAAGAGGUAUUUUUACCUCAAGGAUAUCCCGACAGUGUACACCCCGAUUAUACUUCUUAUCAAAUAUGGGACACAGUUCAGGCAUUCGCAAGUACUAUAAUGGGUACUCUUACAACACGUUCCAUUAUGCAAGGGGUAGGUGUAGGUGAGGCUGCAGCAACACCGCUAGCAGCAGCAAUAACAUGGAUAUUGAAAGAUGGGACUGGAAUGAUUGGUCGGAUUGUAUUUGCAUGGUGGAAUGGGGCAGAGUUGGAUGGACAAUGCAAAAAAUGGAGACUCUUUGCUGAUAUUCUUAAUGAUUUAGCAAUGGGAUUGGAAUUACUCUUACCUUAUUUUUCUUCCUAUUCCCUUAGUAUAUUGUGUAUUUCAACAGCAAUGAAAUCAAUUGUUGGUGCAGCUGGUGGAGCAACAAGGGCAGCACUUACACAGCACCAGGCAUUACAAAAUAAUUUAGCAGAUAUAUUAGUCAAAGAUGGAAGUCAGGAAACAUGUGUAAAUUUAAUAGCAUCUUUUUUUGGUAUUUUAAUACUCUCGAUUUUUCAUAGUGGCCGAUUCGUAAUGGAACUCUAUCUCUUCCUGGUAAUAGUACAUCUGUAUGCAAAUUACUCGGCCGUGAAAGCAUUGUGCUUAAAUUCUUUAAAUGAAGACCGCUUAGCUUUAAUAGUGAAAAGUUACAUUACGAACGAAGUCAUUCCCAAACCUGAGGAAGUCAACAAAAAGGAGUCGGUGUUACUAUUAACAAAACCCACAAUGAAUAUAUGCGGAUUCAAUAUAAAAAUUGGUGUCUCUCUCGCAGCUCUUAUAAAAAAUGACACAAUUUCGACAAGCGAUACGGAACUAUCCUUAAAACUUUUCUUAGAUAGGAAGUAUUUAAUUUCUAUUGAUGUACAAAACAAAACUAUUUUUAUAUGCCUUAAAAAAGACGCGCAACCCUAUGACGUCCUGGAAGCAUAUUUACACGCUUGUCUUUGCGGCUUGUAUAUUUGUAUGUCUUUGAAAGUGCCACUUGAUCUCUUUUUAAAGCCCGAAGUAAGCGAGAUGUCGUAUCCUUUGAUGCGCCUUUAUGUACUUAAGAAGAAAUAUUCUACUACAAACAAUGGUGUACAAUCGUCAAAAACCAUAGAGAGCAUUUACGCUACGAAUGUAUUGAUUUCUAGCGAAUUCAAAGCAUUUAUUAGUGGCCUUGAAAGUAAAGGAUGGAUGACAGAAACUAAUUUAUUACCAGUAGCAGGUUGGAGAUUUUUAUAAGAAUCAUAAAAUGGUAAAAGCCAAGCA